GCCCCGCUGCCAGCCGCCCUAAGCCCCGCCGAGCACCGCCGCGAUGUGGCCGGGCCGCGGCGGGAGGCGCUGGGCGCUGGCGCUGGCCCUGGCGCUGGCCCUGGGCGGCCGCUGCCCCGCCGCCCACAACGCCUCGGCCGGGCCCCCGCGCUGCCGCCGCCCCGCGCCCUGCGAGCGGCUCCGCUUCGGCGCCUGCCUGGGCUCCGCGCUGCCCUACGCCGCCACCUCCACGCUGCUGGCCACCGACUCCGCCUCGCAGGAGGAGGCGCACGGGAAGCUGCUGCUCUGGUCCGGCCUGCGCAACGCCCCGCGCUGCUGGGACGUCAUCCAGCCCCUGCUCUGCGCCGUCUACAUGCCCAAGUGUGAGGAUGGGCAGGUGGAGCUGCCCAGCCAGACCCUGUGCCAGGCCACCCGGGCACCCUGCACCAUCGUGGAGCGCGAGCGCGGCUGGCCCGACUUCCUCAAGUGCACCACCGACCGCUUCCCCGAGGGCUGCCCGAACGAGGUGCAGAACAUCAAGUUCAACAGCUCGGGGCAGUGCGAGGCGCCGCUGGUGAGGACGGACAACCCCAAGAGCUGGUACGAGGACGUGGAGGGCUGCGGCAUCCAGUGCCAGAACCCGCUGUUCACCGAGAAGGAGCACCGCGAGAUGCACGUCUACAUCGCCGCCUUCAGCUCCGUCACCAUCUUCUGCACCUUCUUCACCCUGGCCACGUUUGUCGCUGACUGGAGGAACUCCAACCGCUACCCCGCCGUCAUCCUGUUCUACGUCAACGCCUGCUUCUUCGUGGGCAGCAUUGGCUGGCUGGCACAGUUCAUGGACGGCGCCCGCGACGAGAUCGUGUGCCGGGCCGACGGCACCAUGCGGCUGGGCGAGCCCACCUCCAACGAGACGCUGUCCUGCGUCAUCAUCUUCGUCAUCGUGUACUACUCGCUGAUGUCGGGUGUCAUCUGGUUUGUCAUGCUCACCUACGCCUGGCACACGUCCUUCAAGGCCCUGGGCACCACCUACCAGCCGCUGCUGGGCAAGACCUCCUACUUCCACCUCAUCACCUGGUCCAUCCCCUUCGUGCUCACCGUGGCCAUCCUGGCCGUGGCGCAGGUGGACGGUGACUCCGUCAGUGGCAUCUGCUUCGUGGGCUACAAGAACUACCGCUACCGAGCCGGCUUCGUGCUGGCCCCCAUCGGGCUCGUGCUCAUCGUGGGGGGCUAUUUCCUCAUCCGGGGGGUCAUGACGCUCUUCUCCAUCAAGAGCAACCACCCCGGGCUGCUGAGCGAGAAGGCGGCCAGCAAGAUCAACGAGACCAUGCUGCGCCUGGGCAUUUUUGGCUUCUUGGCCUUCGGCUUCGUCUUCAUCACCUUUGGCUGCCACUUCUAUGACUUCUUCAACCAGGCCGAGUGGGAGCGCAGCUUCCGGGAAUACGUCCUGUGUGAGGCCAACGUGACCAUCGCCACGCAGACCAACAAGCCCAUCCCGGAGUGCGAGAUCAAGAACCGGCCGAGCCUCCUGGUGGAGAAGAUCAACCUCUUCGCCAUGUUCGGCACCGGCGUCUCCAUGAGCACCUGGGUCUGGACCAAGGCCACCCUGCUCAUCUGGAAGCGCACCUGGUGCAGGCUGACGGGGCAGAGCGACGACCAGCCCAAGAGGAUCAAGAAGAGCAAGAUGAUCGCCAAGGCCUUCUCCAAGCGCAAGGAGCUGCUGCGCGACCCGGGCCAGGAGCUGUCCUUCAGCAUGCACACCGUGUCCCACGACGGCCCCGUGGCCGGCUUGGCGUUCAACAUCAACGAGCCGUCGGCCGACGUGUCCUCGGCCUGGGCCCAGCACGUCACCAAGAUGGUGGCCAGGAGAGGGGCCAUCCUGCCCCAGGACAUCUCCGUGACACCCGUGGCGACGCCUGUGCCACCAGAGGAGAGGGCCAACCUGUGGGUGGUGGAGGCCGACGUGUCCCCGGAGCUGCAGAAGCGCAGCGGCCGCAAGAAGAAGCGGAGGAAGAAGAAGAAGGAGGUGACCCCAGACCCCGAGCGCUGCCCGGGGCGCUCCACCGUCCCCAGCACCGUCCCUCGCCUGCCCCGCCUGCCCCCCCAGCCCUGCCUGGUGGCUUUUGCCCCCGAUGUCCUGCCCGAUGCCACCUUCCCCGGGGGGCCGUGGGACGGGCGCGGCCGCAGGGCCGACGUCCUGCACGUGAUCAGCAACCCCUUCUGCCCCGAGAGCGGCGCCGCCGACCCCGAGAGCCCCGGCGCCGGGCGCUGGCACCGCAACGGGGGCCCCCUGUGGCCCCCCCAGCCCGGCCCCCUGCCCCGCCCCGGGGCCAGCAGGACUCAGGGCUGCCGGGCAGGGCUGGCCCCCAUCCACUCUCGGACCAACCUGGUGGACGCGGAGCUGCUGGAGCCCGAUUCGGACUUCUGAUCCCAGCGGGGUGUGGGGAGGGCGUGGGGACACCAGAACCCACCUGAUCCCACGGGGAUCCGUCCAUCCACCUGACCACUUCCCAUUUCUCCCCUUGGAGGAUUCGUCUCUCCGUGCGCUUCCCAGCCCGGCGAGGUUUUUGGGAUUCCCUCCAGCACCACCGGGAGAAAGGAGCUGUCGGUGGGACAGGGAUUUAAGGACCAAGGGGACACCCGGGGACAGCCUAGAUCAGGGUAGAUUUGGGGCAGCUCUGCCCCACCCACGGCUAGAGGUACGUAGAGCUCACCCCCACUUGUGCCAAUAGCAAAUUUUCUUUUUUUUUUUUAAAUUUCUGAUUUUUUUAAACGUUUGUAUCGUGAUGCCUCUGCUCGGGGUGAGCCCAGUCAGGGCCAGCAGCAGCAGCAGCAGCAGUAGCAGCAUCCCUGGUUUGCAGCCCUAUUUUGGGUUCACCCCAAUCCCUUCCGAGACCCCAAAGUGCCUUCCAGCUCCCCGGAGAGCUGAGCCAGACCCAAAUCAGGAUUAGUGGGGUGGCAGCACCAGGGAGAUGCGACAGGAAGCACCUUGGGCUGCGUGGGUGCUCCUGAGCAAAAAAAAAAAAAAAACAAAAAAAACAACCCCAAAAACCUUGGGGUGCUAGAGGUGAGUCAGGGUCAGCGACCCCCAGAGCAAAGCUUUUUUUAAUUAUUUUUUUAGGAUUAACAAAAAAAAAAAUAAAAAUCAAGUCACAGCAAAGCCAGCGGAGCCCUGAGGCAGGAGGGCUCCAGUCCCUGCUGGUGUUUGGAAUUUUCCCUAUUUUUAUUAAGUCCUGGUAGGCUCCUGGCUUUUUUUUUUUUUUUUUUUUUUUGACCUCCACGGGUUCAUUUUUGCUGUAUAAAGGAAAAACCCUCCUGUAUCAGUAUUAAAUUUACAGAUUUUCAA